CAUGACAAAUUAUUUCAACUUUGUCGAUUUCAACUCUGACACAUCCAUAGUGCGGGGUCUGAUCCUAAAAUCGACACUGUCGCACUGGCAGUAUGAUGCGUCCGAAACCACAGUGCUGGUCAAGAUGCGGGAGCUGAUGGAGGCGGUUUACCUUCCCGGCGGAGCGGAGCAACCGCCCGACGGGCAAGGCACGAUGACCGUGCUGGAAGAAAGAGCGAAGCUCAUCGCAGGAGGUGCCACACUGCGGAAAAAAGCCCGCGCGCUCGACGACGCAGACGAGGAAGCCCCCACCGCCACGUGGAACGUGACCGCCUACACGUUCUAUUUCAACACCGUGCUAAUAUCCUGUGCGAAAGUAUCGCACUCGUAGUAAGUGCAACCAUGUCCAUGCAUUACAGGUCUUUUUUUAAAGGCAAACCCGCAUUACAAAUUUUAUCUCUCAUGCUGAGAAAAUUUGCCAUGCAUUUAUACGAGUGCGGUACUUUUGCAGUUCAUAGCUAAACCCUGCGAACCAAAUCAAGGCGCUCACGCCGGGCGAGCUGGUGGAAAGGAUCAACAAGAAAAUUGGAUCCACCGCGGAGCUAUCAAGUGCAAAUAUGUCUGCUUCGUCUGGAGGAAGCCUGUCGUGGCGCUCGAGUGUGCAUGAUUGAAAUAACACUCGAAUGCAGCCAAGCAUAACGACUUCAUCCCAGAACGCCUUCUCAUACGCAGCCCGUGCGGAAAGCUGCGAAUUUGUAUGGACAAAAAGAGGCGUCGGCGACUUUUGUUGGUCAUGCAAUACUACAGAAGAUUUGGAUUUCACAGGAAUGUGAGGCCAGCGUGACAAGUUCGAACGUUCCAGACCCAGACAUAUUUGCAUUUGAUAGGAGCUGCGGGCUACGAAGCGCGCGUUUUUUUCGCAGCCCGGGGAAGUCG